AUAAAGAUUUAUUGUGAAGGUGGAGCCGGAAGCUGUGUGCUCUCCUGCCAACUUGGUGUCGGACAAGCGCCGUCAUGUCGCUGCGGUUCUCGGAUGAAGACUUCCAAGCGGCCUGGAAGGAGUUGGACGAGCCGCAGCUGGAAGGAGGAUGGGAACUUUUCACCGAGACGAUGGGCGUGAAAAUCUACAGGCUUCUUGAUAAGGAAACAGGACUUUACGAGUACAAAGUCUUUGGCGGGCUCAGCAGCUGCACUGCAGAGCUGUGUGCGGACGUCUACAUGGACCUGGCCUAUCGCAAGCACUGGGAUGGAUACGUCAAAGAGCUCUCUGAGGAGCAGUUUGACGGACAGACGGCCAUCUACUGGGAAGUCAAGUACCCCUUCCCUCUGUCCAACAGAGAUUAUCUGUACGUCCGGGAGCGCAGAGUCCUGGACGUUGAAGGCAGGAAGAUCUGGGUCAUCCUGGCCAGAAGCUCUCCAGGGACGCCGUGCCCGGAGAAGAGCGGCGUGCUGAGAGUGAAGGACUACAAGCAGACCGUCGCCAUGGAGACGGACGGCGCCAGUGGGACUAAAGUUUUCAUGAAUUACUUUGACAAUCCUGGCGGCAUGAUUCCCACCUGGCUGGUCAACUGGGCGGCGAAGCCGUCCAUAGCGUUUCUACUCGUAUGGAUUCUUCAUUCAUCACUCCAAGCAAUGUUUAGCGGUGUUCCUGGCUUCCUCACCGACAUGCAGAAGGCCUGCAGCAACUAUCCAACUUACUGCCAGAAGAAAUGACACCUGACUUUUAUUUCUUGCUCAAACUGUGAUUGGAAUGUGCGAGAUUUUAGUAAUCAUCGGUUGGGCUGAGCUCCAUCAGUCUUCGAAGAAUAACAAACACAGCCUCCUCCUCCUCGUUUGAUUUGGAAUGUGAAGAAAAACAGAUGCAUUAGGAUUUAUUGUUUGUGUGUUUUUAUUCCACUGCAAUGAACUUUUGUAAAUAUUAUUUACGAAAUUUCAGCAUGGCUCCUCGAGAAUGUUUGGAUUUGUCUUUGCUGAAUGUUGUUUGCACGCACUACAACUUUCAAUGUGAAAUGAAAAAGCUGUGAUUUGUUUAGUCAUAUUUAUUAAAGUAUGUGUCUUUUAUUGA